UUGGCGCGUGAGCAUCGCCGAUUAUCAUUUUUGCCACAAGUGGCAGCCCGUAUAGUGAUGUUGCUGGUGCAACGGCAACAUUUCGUACCUCUAGCCGGCUAGAUAAAAUCGCGAAAUGGUGACCACAAAUAGAUAGGCUUUGAUAGCCGCGAAGCAUUAACCAGAGAUCGUAUCGGUCGAGGGAGAUCCGGCAGUGCUUAUGAUACCAAAAGUAAUCAAGCGGUGAUUGCAAAGUGAAGUGAUCAGUAAUCAAAACUCAAGUGGCACGAAAGCAGAAAGAGCAAACGAAGGAGAGAAAAGUAGCCUAGGCACAUGCAACAACUGGAUACGGAUACGCUUUUCAAGCCCUGAACAGCCGCCGACCUACGAACCCACCCACAAGUCAAAAUGCAUCUGUAUCUGGUGCUGAUCUCGUGCCUGGUUAGCUCCUCGCACUGCUGGCAGUUCGACGGCGGAGGUGGCCACCGGAGGCCAAGGAAUAGCGGCCGGGGACCACCGUCCUCGUCCGGAGGCAGGGGAUCCGCCGCCCUGUUGGGCUCACAGCAGCAGGACAUCCUCUACGCCUGUCCACUCAACUCCAUGUGCCAGUGCGCCGGUCUGCCCAACGAGACGAGCACCCUGAUUGAGAUUAAUUGCAACGAGGUGGCCCUGUACAAGUUUCCAGAGUUCAUGCACAGCAGUGUGCGCUACAUCGAAAUGUCCAACACACAUCUGCAAAGUGUCGACGAUGAGACCUUCCAGGGACUGCGUCUCAAGACACUAAAGCUAAUCGACAACGAACUGCAGGAUAUAUCCGAGCGGAGUUUCAGCACGAUGACACACUCGCUCAUGACUUUGGAUAUAUCUGGCAACAAGAUGCAGCACUUGCCACUGGAUGCACUGCAGCGAUUGCAUUCCCUUUCGCGACUGGUGGCGCAACGCAACCACAUAACCACCUUGGAUGGAAAUUGGGAUGCCCAGCAUGAUACUCUUCGAUCUCUUCAUUUAUCCGACAACGAUAUUACCGAAGUGGCGCCGGGAGGUGGAUCGAUAGAAGUAGUUUCUCAAAACGACAACAGUUCCCAGCCUUCCAGUUUGGCCGCUGUGCAGACCAGACUAGAAACGAGUAAUUCAAUUUACCCACCAUCUCCGAGCUCAGGAGAUCGGACGACAGGGGGUCGUCCCUUCGAACAGUUGCAAAAACUACUUUGGCUGGAUUUGUCCAAUAAUCGGAUCUACCAUGUGGCUGGGAACUAUCUGCCGCGUUCCCUGGUGACCAUGGACCUGUCAAGUAAUCUACUUACAGUUUUCCCCCAGCAACUCUUCGAACAGUUGCCGGAGUUGCGAAUCGUAAGUUUAAGGGAUAACCUUAUACGGAGUGUGCAGUGGAAAGAACUUCAAGUGCGGCCACUGCGAAUGCACCUGGAACGCCUGGAUCUCGGCCAGAACUGCAUUGAAAACCUGGAGUCCGACUAUUUUCAGCAAAACUAUUCCGAUGUUCAUCUGAGAGCUUUAAAUUUAGAACAGAACUUUGUCACCCAGCUGCCUGAGGCAGUGUUUAAGGCCACGGGCAUAGCCCACCUAGUACUGGCCUUUAAUGCGAUCAGUCGAGUGCAUCCUUCGGCCUUUGAGGGUCUAACCGAGACCCUGGAGUAUCUGGAUCUGGAAAGGAACCGACUAACCACGGUGCCCGUGGCCUUAUCCUCACUGCAUCACCUGAAGUACCUCUAUCUGACCUCUAAUCAGAUUAGUCAGCUGAACAAUCUUCCCUCAUUCACGGAAAAUUUACGCGUUCUUAGUCUGAGUGGCAAUAACUUCAGCAUGAUCCCUGUUCUCGGCCUGAAAAACUACACACAGCUUUCGUACUUGAACAUGGGCUACAACUCUAUCACGGACAUUCCCGAAGGAAUUUUUGCCGUGGAUUCCUGGGGCAGCAAUCUGCAGACAAUACUGCUGCGAAAUAAUAAGAUAACCCAUCUUCAUUUAGGAUCCUUCGCGGGACUAGAGCAAAUUCAGGAGAUCAGCUUGAGCUUCAACGAUAUAACCAUUCAUCAUCCUUUGGUUUUCGAGAAUGUUUCGAGAACCCUCAAGAUUCUGGAGCUCUCGUUCGCCGUCUUUCCGGCCAGAAGCCUGGAGAGCCUGGAUCCCCUAGAUGCCCUCUUGCCACUUUCCCAGCUCAUUUGGCUGGGUCUGGACAACAAUAAUUUGAAGCAAGUCUCAAAUGAAUCCUUCGCACAGAUGAGAGAAUUGAGCUACAUCAAUCUGAGCUUUAACCAGCUAAAGACACUGCCCCGCGGACUCUUUCAGUCCGAUGCUCAUAGUCAUCUGGUGGAAAUUGAUUUGUCGUACAAUGGCUUGGAGCGACUCGAAGCGCAAACGUUUCAUAGCCUCGGGGAUUUGCAGACACUCAAUUUGCAAUCGAACCGCCUGAGGACGAUAGCUCGGCAUGCUUUUCACAAUUUGGAGUUCCUACGCUACUUGGAUUUGUCUUAUAAUCGCCUGGUCAACAUCUCCCACGGCGCCUUUACGGUUCUGCCCAAUCUGGCUGCCCUGGAUCUGAUGCACAAUCAGCUGUGUUCGCUAUCCCUAAAAUCCUUUCUUUAUGUUUCAAACACCACCACUCCAUUACGACUCAAUGUGAGUCACAAUCACAUAGCCAGUUUUUAUGACGAGCUGAGCAGCUACAUGUAUAUUUACCAGCUGGACAUUAGUCACAACCAUGUGACCAAGUCCGAUAGCUUUACGAACCUGGCGAACACGCUGCGAUUCCUAAACUUGGCCCACAACCAGCUGGGAUCCCUUCAGAGUCAUGCCUUCGGUGACCUGGAGUUUCUGGAAAUCCUUAAUGUGGCCCACAAUAAUCUCACCUCGCUGAGGCGGCGCAGCUUUCAGGGCUUGAAUAGCUUGCAGGAACUGGAUCUUAGUCACAACCAGUUGGAUCAGCUGCAGGUGGAGCAGUUCUCGAACCUAAGGAAACUGCGAAUUCUGCGCAUUAACUCGAAUCGAUUAAGGGCUCUGCCACGAGAAGUGUUCAUGAACACUCGACUGGAGUUUCUGGAUAUAGCCGAAAAUCAGUUAAGCGUUUGGCCAGUUCCGGCAUUUACGGACAUCGGAUUCACUCUUCGAUCAAUCCAAAUGUCCCACAACAAUCUAGAGUACUUGGAUGCCUCGAUGUUCAUCAACUCGCAGUUCCUGUACGACAUCAGUUUGGCCCGCAACCGCAUCACCAUUCUGCCGGACAACACGUUCAGUUUUCUGAAUAAUCUGACCAACCUGGACCUGUCACAGAACCCCCUGGUGACGACCAACCUGCGGGAGGUGUUUGUCCACACGCCGCGCCUGAGGAAGCUGAGCCUCCACCACAUGGGACUGUAUGUCCUGCCGCCGCUGAAGCUUCCCCUUCUCUCCUACCUUGAUGUGAGUGGCAACUAUUUGCAAGAGCUGUCGCCACUGGGUUCACUGCGCCACCUGCGUCACGUCAAUGUCUCGCACAACAAACUCACGAAUGCGAGCUGUGCGGCGGAGCACCUGCCGCCAUCAGUUCGUGUAUUGGAUCUGGCCCACAAUCCGCUGCGCAGAAUAACGCUGCACGAUCUCGCCAGCUUGCGGCACCUGGCCGAACUGAAUAUCCUGGACGUGAAGGUAACCAAUCCACAGGCAUUUUCCAAGCUGCGCUCUCUGAGGAAGCUACAUGCCAGUUCGCAUGCCAAUCUGGGUGAGAUUGUGGCCAGGAUACCGGGUCUGCAGCAGCUGAGGGUGCACUGCCUGGAGCCAAAUAUUGGCCAACAGCUUUUCGCCAAACUGGCGAAUAACACGAAAAUCCGACUACUCGAGCUAUAUGGCAGCAAUGUCCAGACUAUUGCUCCCGAUGUCUUUACCGGACUAUCGCGAAGUCAACGGCUGCAGGUGAAGAUCUCGCACACACGCAUCUCCGACCUCCCGCCGGGUAUUUUUUAUGCCCUGCGAGAGGUGCCGCACCUGUCCAUCGACAUUUCGCACAAUCGUAUCAACGCCCUGGCCGCCGACAGCUUUUACCCCAACAAGAGCUACUGGGAUGCUGUUGGAACUCGGAGCAUCAUGGGUGGACUCAUCACCUCGCACAAUCCGCUGGAAUGUGAGUGCGGACUGGUGUGGUUCGGUCACUGGCUGCGCCGAUGGCUAAGGGAGUCUGCCCAGAUAAAGGUCAUCCAGAAGGAUGACCUCAAGCGCAUGGUCCAGAGAGCCCGUGCCAACACCUGCCACGAUCCAACAUCGGGUCGACACCUGCCCAUCCUGGAGAUCUUUCCCGAGGAUCUGCUCUGCCAGGCGAGCGCGUUGAGCAGUUCUGGCCAGCGCAUAUUCCUGUUAUCCUUUGCGAUGGCCCUGCUGAUACCCAUUGUGAUGACCACCAUGACCCUCUGAUGUUGGCUUUAGUUGCCGGCGAAGUAGGUUACUCAGAGAUCGGAUCGGAUUCCGAACUGACUCCGAUGCUGUGGCUGAAAUGCUGAAGAUACUCAACUGAUCAUUGCCUGUAUGAUAUGUACAUAUAUAAAUAUAUAUAAAAUGAAGAACUUAAACUAAUCGGUAGGUACGAAUUUUUGGGAUAUAGCUAAUUGUGAGAGCCAGCCCCCGCAACAAUAAAGAUACAAUUAAAUGAAAGACAAGCAAAUCGGUUUAUGUCCACUCGUAAAUAAUAAGUUUUAUAUGCAUACAAACAAAGUAUAUUUAUAAGUAGUGGAACAAGUCAUGUGCUGGGCACUUUAUUUUAUAUCUUACAAUUUCUUUCGAUUUCUAACUAUGACUUUUUUUAAAAAGAAUUGUGCUAGACUCGUCACCAAAACUUAUUUCUUCCGCUCGUAAACUUCCAGCAGAAUGAUAAACUAUUAGUUAUCUCAAGUCGAACUUAUUCAUCUAAAUAUGGCUUUUUUACUCCCCUGAUUUCCACUUUUGACGCCCAAUACAUGACCUUGUGUCUUGGCCAACAUUUAAAGUAAUUAAUGCAAUUGAUUACUUACACAGAACCAUACACACACCAGCGAACAUAUGAUGAUUCCUAACACACUCACACACUUAGAGCAUAGUUAAUAAACAGUUUUUCAUCUCCAUAGAGCAACAUAGAAACAUAAGUUGUUAAUAAUAGUUAUAUAACUAUUUUUAAAACGAAUUUGCAAAACCAAACUAAUAAUACGAAAUCUAGUUUUAUUUGCCUAUAAUUUACAAUUUAGACAAGGCCAAUAAGUACAUUUAAUAUAAAUACAAAUACACACUUAGAUAAAUCGAGAUAUAUAAAACGAUAUAUACUAAUAAUAUGAAAAUUAUUGGAUAGCAAUUAUUAAUUGUUUUUUAAGCAAGAGUAGCGGACAUUGCACAUCUAACAGCAGAACUAGAAAACGGUUUGCAAACUUUACGGGCAGUCAAAUUUUAACAACACACACGCAGACAUAUAUAAGUACAUAUCAGUUUGGCAAAAAAAAUAAUAAUAAUGGUAAAAUAAUGAAAAGCAUAAUCAUGUCAUACACAGACAUACACAACUCCAAGCAAUUUAACUGAGAGGAAUAAAUUACGAAAUAAAAACGUAUCCUUGUUUUUUGCGUUCAUUACUCACUAUUUCAAUGAAUUGAAUUUUUUCUACCUUUUUAUAUUAUUUCGGUUACAACAAUGACAAUCGUGAUACUAAUUGUAGUUGUUUACACGACGAUGAUGCAAAGUGCACAAGUAAAAUAAUAAUAAUGAUAUUGGUAAAUAAACUAUUGAAUGAGACAAAGUGGACAAAUGAAUUAUGGCAAAACAAACAAACGAAAAAGCUGCUGGUAUGCCAAUUUUUUUGUUACCUAACCAUUCAGUUUUUCAGUUUUCUACCCAACAACUGAUGUCCCCAAAUGAAAAAAAAAAAACAAAUGGAAUUUUUAUCAAAUAAUAUUGUACAUACUGCAAACGGAAUGGAAUGUUCAUUAUGUUUAUUCAAGCCAGCGUUUAUUUCCAAUUAUUUUUCAAUUUAAUACGCAGCGGCUAAAAAAUACGAAAUUUAAAUAAAAGAAGAAGUUAAAGUAGCAAAUGAAAAACUGAAAAUGAAUAUCGAUACAGAAAAUUGAAUAUGAAAUAAACAUAAAAAUGCUAGAAAU